GCAACGUUAACACUAUCCAAAUACAAAAAAGUCUAAGGUUUCAUAGCACUUUUCAAGUAAGGUUAUAAGAAUGUCAUCUCGUGUGCUCAAAAACCUCAUCGCCAUGCUUGAGGCUGAAGAAGCCGAAGCUGCAAAAUCCAACAACCAUGGUACUGCUAACGCAUUUAGCAACCAUGGCAGCGGGGACCAAAAUUUCUCCAAUGCCAAAAUCAACAGCGGUGCAAACUCCGGGGACCGAAUGAAAUACCGCACCACCAACAAUCGUGGCGGCCGCACUGUAAAUAACAGUGGUGUUUUUAAUGGUAAUGGCAAUGGAGGGUAUACUGAGGGUAACUUUAAUGCAUCCACAACGAACUAUAACAAAUAGUUAUAUCUAUUUGUGAUUAUAAAUAUGCUAUACCCAAGGAAUAAUGAAGUUGAAGACAUAUACAGGUUCAAUGGUUUAUGGUUGUAUGUGGAUGUAUAGGAGGUUAAAAAUAAAGCCUGUUGCUAUAAUAAAUCUCAAAUGUUUGACUAUAAUCUAUAUAUAAAUGUUUGACUAUA